AUGUCGCCGCAGCCUCAGCAGCCUGUGUCGUCGGAAGCGGCGGCGGAUCUGCCCAAGGAUCUCGACAAUCCGAGGGAAUCCCUGCCACCGCCGACGUCUCAGGGCGAAAAUUGUGACAAUCCCACCGCAGCUCCAGCUCCAUCUUCAUCUCGCGACUCGCACAGCCCAUCACCGACAUCGUCGACAUCUUCGCAAGAAUCUGGCGAGGCAUCGCCCGAACCACCUACCGACCCUACCACCGAGACUCCGCUGAACGAACCAGCCUCCACAGCCGAAGACGACGGCUGGGACUUCCAUUGGGACGCGACGAGCCAAGCAUACUUCUUCCAUAACAGGUUCACCAACCAGUCUACCUGGGAAAACCCCCGAGUGUCUAAGGAAGCCACCUCGGACACCGGUCCCGCCCCUGGCACCGCCGCCGACCCCCCCAAGAAUGAGCGGCCGGCGGCCGGCGGCUACAACCCGGCGAUCCACGGAGACUACGACCCGACGGCGUGGUACGCGCAGAACAGCGAGGAGCAGGCGGUAGAGCAGGAGCAGCAGCAGCAGGCGGCGGUGGACGCGUCGGCGGCGUACGCGGCCUUGGGGUCGUUCAACCGGUUCACGGGGCAGUGGCAGAACGGCGGGGAGCCGGGCAGCGGCAACGACGUCAACACGCCGGGGCGGCACACGGACGAGGCCAAGUCGCGGCGGCAGAUGAACGCCUUCUUCGACGUCGACGCGGCCGCGAACUCGCACGACGGCCGCAGCCUCAAGGCCGAGCGCUCCGGCAAGAAGCCCACCAAGGCCGAGCUCAAGCAGUUCAAGGAGAAGCGCCGCGCGCGCAAGGAGGAGAAGCGGAGGGCCUGGCUGCGGGACUGA